UAAAAGGUCAAAUACCACCAGCUUCGGUUAAAGAAAUGAAAAUCCAAGAAAAACCUACAUAUAAAUAUAUGCCAUUGAUAACAAUACCUGCGAAUGAGCAACAAGUACAAGUUAGUUUAACACCAUUAAAUACGAUUGGCGCCUUUACAUCACCGAUUGUAAUACAAAAAAUGAACCAUCUUGGAACCACGUGGAAGCUGCUGGAAAUGACAAUAACAAUGUAGUUAGAAAAAUUUCCUUACUAAAGGACAAUUUCAAAAUGUUAACGACUAAUGAUCAAGUAAUACAUGAUCAGAAAGGAUUUGCCUCAAGCAAUAUUUUAAGUGUUAAAUCAAAUCAAGAAGCCUCUGCUAAUUUGAAAUAUAAACCAACUACAAAUCCACAUAACAAUAAACCAAUGCCAGCACCUUCUAUUAGACCGAAUGACACAACUAGGCGUCAUUUAAAAUCAACACUGAAACCAAACCGUUUACACCAGACUUCAAAAAUAUUAGCAGACGCCCACAUAAUUCCUAAAACAACUACCCACCCCCUAGUUCAAGUUCCCAUAGACUUAAGGAAUUCGCCACAAACAUUACCACCUGCUGCAUUAGCCACAGUUGUCUCCCAAACUCAACCGCAAGAUUAUAUUAAAUUUAAUAACUCGCAAUGGAUACUUUCAGAAGGUAACAACCGGGAAAAGGAAGCCAAGCACAAUUUUUCAACUAAAGCCCAACAUGGACCUACAAAUGAUGUUGUAUUUACAAGAAUUAAACCAAGAGUUUCCAUACCAAAGUCACAACCGUUCGACAUAAAGUCAAAUAGAACUACAUCCACGCCAACAACAAAGGGUUCACAAAAGUUUUCAGCUGAACCAAAGGCCGAAGAAAUUAAUGAGAUUAUGAAUUCCGAAAAAAAUGAAAAUGACACGCUUCAGGCUACACAGAUAUUAAACCAAGGCGAACCAUUUAGGAAACCCACAAAUUACCAGCUGGAUGAUAAUAAUAGGCAAAACCAAUCAAAAAUCGAAUCCAUUUUUGUAGCACCUGGUGAAGCCUUUAGGAAGCAAACAAAUAGACACAAUUUAAUUAAUAAUAUAUACACCACUACUACUACCUCUAAACCGGAAUUAACACGAAUCAAAGAAAUUUCUGACAUUGAAACAUAUUUAAAUCCUAAAGAAAUUUUUUUAACUCGUGAAAGCCAGUAUACAGCACAUAAGCAAUUAACGACAAAUCCCCUCAAAAUAUUUGAUCAAACGAUAGCAAAUACUACAGUCUCAACAACAACGAAAACAAUCACUGCUACUACAGAAACAGGACUACAGCCACCUCCUUAUACAACAUCUCCAACAACAUCGACUCAUACUAAAAACAAAAAAAUAAAUCCGACAACACUUGAAGUGACAAGAAUGCGACUACCAAGUAAAUCUGGCAACAUAACGCCGCAGCCGUCUAAUGAUAACAACAUUACUUCUGAAUUUACCACCGAAAACAAGAAGGAAAUUUCAAUGGUUCCAAACAAAAUCAAACUUAACGAAUAUAAUAUAACAAUGAAUGAAGGCAAUAAUAAUGUUAAACUUAAACUACAGAAUCAGACAAAUUUAAAGGUGUCUACAGAUAACGAUAAUUUGACAAGCUAUUUUGAAAAUGAUAGUCGAAAAUCUAAUGAGAGUUUUAAAUUUGUACAUUUACUGCCAUCCGAAACCUACAAAGAAAAAAUUAAAACCACAUCAACAACGUCGCCGUUAAUCGCCUCUAUAUUAACAUAUACUACAACAACCACAACAACAAUAAAACGUAUAAUAUUACCCACCAAAUAUAUAACGAACAAACAUAUAUAUACAGUAACAACCACAGCAACCCGAGCCCAACCUGUGAUCAAUCAACAACCAACCACAUAUCUUCUACCAUCUACCACAGAAACAACUACCGAAGUAAGCACUUUAAUUUUAACACAUACUGAAAUCAAUACUAUCUUAGAUACCGUAACUUCAGUGAAAACACUUGAACCCGUUACUAUAACGGCCACCACCACACUUAUACCUUCUACUCAGCAGACUUCGUCCUUAGUUAAGCCCAAUUUGCCCGAUUUUUAUGAAUUGCCAUCAUCUUCAUACAGUAUAAAUCAAAAUUUAACAUAUUUGCCUUACCCCUCGAUUGAAAUUGUACCAGCAAAUGCAACUCAAAAGGAAGCGGGUCUCAAUCCCAAUGAAAAUAGUAUAUUCAUAAUCAUGACAAAUAAUAAGAAUAAAAAGAACACUGUAUUAACACAACCUCCUCUCCAAAACCACCACAACACUAUAUCAGAAAUUGGAAAUAGUCUUCCCACGCAGUUGUCUGAAGAUAAUGAUAUCGCCCCGAUAGAUGAGGCUAAUGAAGUAAUGAUAGAAUAUGAUAACGGUAUAUCAUUCGAUGAUUCGUUACCCAUAAGAGAUGAAGAACCGCCUCAAAUUAUAAAUGGCAAAUCGGUUAAUAACAAUGUAGCUGCUGUUAAGGAAAGCUCUAAUGACCAUAUCAUUUUAGGGGGUGUCUUAAUUGCAACACCACCAAAGUCCCCUCUAGGACAUCUUAAUCUAAAUGAAAGUGCCAACCACGGUUGUCUACCUAAGUGCAAAGCUUCACGUAAUGAAAAAUGUGCUUUAGUCGAUAAUCAUUGGACCUGUUUGUGUAGGCCAGGUUUUGCACGUAUGUUCCCAGAUCGACGGUGUAAACUUACUUAUACUUACGUUUUACUUAUGCAUGCCGAACGUAUUGGAAAUUAUUCAUUACAAUAUGUUAGUGAACUAACAGAUAAUAAAACAGAACAUUACAAACAACUAUCACAACUAGUAAUUAAUGCUCUGGAUCGUAUGAUCAUGCAGUCAGAUUUCCGGGAUGCAUACCAUGGUGUUAAGGUGACUCAAUUUGAGGACGAUCACAAAGGCAAUCACGGUAUACUGAUAAACGUCCUGAUGCAGUUAUCUGACAACAGCAAUGAAAAACGUUUGGAAGAAGUUUUCAAAAAACACUUGAGGGUAAGCAAUUACAGCAUUGGAGGGACGGAUCUAUAUACAAACAAAGCCGGUGUAGAUGCUUUGGCUAUAACAGAUUUCAACGAAUGCUUAAGUAGAAAGCUUCACGAUUGCUCGGAAAAUGCUCAUUGCUUUAAUUUGCCUGGAACCUAUACAUGCAGCUGUGUGGAAGGAUUUGCCGAUCUAUCGGAUAAUCCUAUUUACCCUGGUCGUAUAUGUUCCUCUGAACAGAUCGGCUGCGAAAUGUGUCAUUAUCAUGGCAAAUGUUUUUAUUAUAGUUCAACUGUGCUGGCAAAUUCCAUAGAUCGCAAUUAUUGCGAGUGCUUCCCCUGGUAUGCGGGGUCGAAAUGUCAAGUCAAUUUGAAAAUUUUAUUAAUUGUUUUAUUAGGCAUCGGCACAUUAUUGUUCAUAUUAUUAUUAUUCUGUGUUUUAAUAACUUGUACAAAACGCCGCAGCCAUCUUCAACAUACUGCUCUGGCUCCUUCUACUAUGACCUCAAGCAGUGAGGGUUUGCAAAAAAAUUCUCGAGUUACUAGCAAUAAGCUAAUAACUGGCGUUGGUCUUCACAGUUCAAUACGAGACGCCAGUCUAAAGAACAAUAAGCGACAAAAAUGUAUUAAAAUAGAUAAACGUUCAAUGAUUAAGGAUUCGAGUAGUGAAACCAGCCAAAACUCUUUGCCAUAUGUUUUAAAAAAUAAGGAAUCAAUUUCAGGAAGCUGUAACAAGAAAAAAAUAUGUCUUAACAAUAAUAAAACCUAUAGAAACUAUGGCUCUCAGGGAAACCCAAUGGAACAAUAUUCUGCUUCUGCUGCCACAAAUGUUCAAAUAGAAAAUCAAAGCCAUUUAAAUGCAGUUAUCACGUCUUCGUCUUCGUUCACGGGUAACAAUCAACAAAUUGAUAAACAAAAUUUACUGGGAAAUACAACCGAAUACGAGGGACAUUACUGUGAGCAAUCAGAUCGUAGUUUGACUGUAAUGAUUCCAAGAGCUAAAUAUCACUCAUCUGUCCUAUCUCAAACCCAACUGAUGCAUCAUCAGUUGACUAUGGAAAGAGUCUAUAAAACAGCUAAGCCUAAAAAUAAAUUAAUAAUUAGUGACAAAGAUUCAACAGAAAUUAAAAAAAACUAUAAAAAGAACUUAUCCACAAAAGAAAUAACAGAUGAAGAAAAACACAUUGAUAUCCCUUCAAAUCCAGGAGCUUUAAUAUCUGCUGGCUUUGAAGUUUCUGCUAUCGUUAAGGAUUAUGCCACGGUCGUUAACACAAUUGAUCAUCAAAAUAACGAUUUGGUAAAUUUUGAUUCAAUACCACCAAACUAUACUGAAAUAACAUCUUCGGAUCCAGCAACAUCCCUUGACUCGAAUUCUGAUCAGAAACAUCUGCUAAAUGAUGGGAGACAACGACUUACAUGCAAUAAAAAUUUUUCAACAAAUGAAUCCGACUACAAUAUUUAUAAAUGUGAAAAAGGUCUCAUUGAAACUAUGGACGAGUGGCUGGGAAAUGUUAAGCUCAAUGAAUUGUCGGCUGAAGCUCGCUCUUUCGAUGAAACCACAAUAAGAGCAUCAAAAAAACCCUUGCACGUAUCCGUAGAUGGCACUCAAACACAGCAAUUGCAUGAUGAAGUCAAUACAAUGACUGAGCGAGAUCUAGGUUCCACAUUUUUGUUACCGCAUACACAUCUUUAUAAGCCAGAGAGACAGGAAAGUGAAUUAUCUGGAUUUGAUUCCUUUUAGAUAAAUUUAAAAAAUAGUAAUUUAUGUAUAUGUACAUAUUUGUUAUGUUAAAAGUAAUUAAACGCUUAAAUAUUUAUAUGUAAAUUAACUUAAUAAAAUGUUUCACUUUAUAAAAUAUGGUUUUUAAAAUGCAUUUAGAAUUUAGUUAUAGUUGUUAUUUUUAUCAUAUUUUAUUUAAUUUAUUUAAUAACAUAAGUAUUUCCAUUUUUUAAAUCUAAUAAAAAAAUUCAGUCCAGCCAGUGCGGGGCAAAAAAUUUAUAUCCUACGUUAUU